AUGAGCAGUCCGCCUCUACAGUUCACCUUCUCUCCUCCUUUUCCCUCCAACAGAGAAACGUCCGCCACCCGAUACGGCAGCCGUAACUUCCCUCCUAGACCGCCAUCUCCCACAACAAGGACCAGCCGCGUUGGCCCUCUGCAAGUAGCACCUCCUCGACUCUUUCGAGAUAUCUUCGAGGGCCCGGCACCUGCCAUGCCGGAUCCAUCGCUCAGAACAGAGGCGAUCUUGCCCGAGCCACCUGACAGUGGCACCCACGAGUCUUUUGCAAGUGCUAUCCGCCGCACAAGUCGGGCAGUAGCGAACGCUGAAGAGGCUUUUCACACAAGGGGGACUGUCAGAGUUCCAAUCGAUCUUACGGGCAGCCCACCUUCAUUAGAUCGCAGUGAAGGUCGUCGAACACAUUCACGUGAACCGGGUGGGGCCGCGGCCGAUUUUAUAUCUUCAACAACACAUCCUGACGACAAUCGCAGUCACUUCAGUCACCAUUUGCGACUUCCGUCUUUCUUUAGUGAUCCAGUCUACGGCUACGUCGCACCACCGCCACCAGCUCAACCCACUCAGGCGUCGGACUCACUCGAUCGUGCUCGUAGUCAAAGAGCACAAGCAUUCCAGAGACGUGCCCGUCAGUUACUGAGCAGCAGUCGGAGGCACUCGACCGCACGUGAAGAAGACAACGCCGUUCGACGCCAACGGCAGAAUCGGAUCACUUGGCAGCAGACUCAGGCUCGCCUUAGGCAUUAUCAAGAGGCUCUACACACGCGACACCACGACGUAUCGCUAUCUUCAGACGACGAUCUCGAUUCGCUUUCAUCUGACGAUUCUGAGUCAUCCGCGGAGGAGGAAGCAGCGGACGAAAUGCCGCCAACUUCUGCCAUCGAGUCGGUCGAUCUGACCAAUGUCGACAGCAGUGCCGAAGUGGCAAAUGUGCUCUCAAAGCAACGAGCAGAAGCUAUCCUAGCCCAGCGUGCCCCUGGAGCCACGGAAGAGGGGAGAACGUUCUUUACCGCUUUCAAGUGCCCAAUUUGCAUGGACAGCCUCAGUCGGGCAACUGUCACUAAGUGCGGCCACAUCUUUUGCCACAGAUGCAUUGUCGACACCCUCAAGUGGUCUGCACAACAAGAUCGGGACGAACAUCCCGCCCGAAAAACUCACGAUGGACACUGUCCUGUUUGCCGCCAGACAUUGAAGAUCAAGGACGUGAAAGGGCCUGGGCGCACCUUAAUCCCACUGCAAAUGAAGCUGCUUACGUUAAAGACACUCAAAGACACCAAAGGAAAGCGUCGUGCUGAUAGUAUCGAGCUUGGCGAGGCAUCGGAGCCGAAGAGGCAGAGGAAGAGCCGCACAGCGAAGACUAAGAAGACUCGACAAGGUCGGUCGACUAAGCGAGAAGAUUCAGAGGACGUCUUCGGGGCUUUCACGAAUGACGCAUCGAUUGCUGAGCAUGUCGAGGGUGCUGCUCCAGCUCGUGGCGUCCACGACUAG